AUGCCUCAGAUUUCAAAUACGCCAGAAUCUGUGCUGCCCCGCUCAGAUUCACGGAAUCCCGCUACGACAUGUAGAGGUAUCACGACUCAAGGCCGGCCCUGUCGGCGCGCUUUAGCGUCUUCUACGACUCCUUCCCCAGCUUCGACACCUCAAAAGAAAGGUGCUCAGAAUGGGGUACCCGACAUGGCUUCUUUGUACUGCUGGCAACACAAGGAUCAAGUAGUAUCCUCUGCUACCGUUGACAGUGACUCUAUCACUCCGGUCAAGCCGAGGACCAGCAUCGACACGCUCAUGGACAAACUCGGCGUGCUUGAGAUUAACGAAAAACCGCCUCCUCGCAAGAGACCGCAGAAGCAGAGGACAAGUCAAAGCGGCUUCAGUGAAAAGCGUCGUCCAAGGAGAACGUUCUGCUGUUUUGAGAUUGUCGACGACGACGAAGAUCGUAGGCCAUCAGCACCCGUCUCAAGGCCUGUGUAUACUCGUCCGAUACAAGGCCAAUCGUCUAUGCCUCAGAAACAGUAUCAGAAUGGGCAGAGGCCAGCUCCAAAUCCACGACCGCAGCAGAUCAAAGUGUCCUCGGCUGGACAACGAGUAUCUACUCCACAGACACAAACGCGGCCAUCUCUCCCAAACAAUAGACACUCUUCGUCAUCCUCGCACACUCCAUCCUUACUGUCAUGGAUUCCUAAAACUCUUUCACCCCAAACGACAUCUGUACUUCUCACAGAGCUGGCCAAGCCCAUUUCCGAUGCCGACGACGAGGGUUACAUCUACAUGUUCUGGUUGACGCCCCAAAAUACUACAACGGAUGAACAUGCGCCACUCGCAAGGGAUAUUGCAUCCUCAAUAUUACCCUCGGCCCCACAGACUAACAACGGUCUCCGUCCACCGCCUCAGCCCCGGAGCGUGAGCGAUGCUCUGCGUGCAGCUAGAGAUCUCAACGCUCUGACAACGAAUCCAACAUCAACGACGCCAGGAUCUAUCCGGCUGAAAAUCGGGCGAACAAGCAACGUGCACCGUCGACUUGCCGAGUGGACACGGCAAUGCUCUUACGACCUGACUUUGAUCCGCUACUACCCCUACACACCGUCUUCUACAUCCUCAUCUCCUGCCAGGGUUCCCGCAUCUCGACAGCGAGCCGGUAGUAAUGCCAGUCCGGCGGCGUCUCUCGUACCGGGACGGAAGGUCCCUCAUGUCCAUCGUGUGGAACGACUGAUUCACCUUGAGCUCGCCGAUUUACGAAUGCGCGACCUUGGCCGCUGUAGCGAGUGUGGGAAGGAGCAUCGGGAAUGGUUUGAAGUUGAGGCGGCCAAGGAAGCGCUGCGGAGAGUUGAUGAAUGUGUACGACGAUGGGUCUCAUGGGGAGAGUCUAUUGCAUGA